GUCAUCAACCACGCUGCACCUUUUACGCGCGAUGAGGGAACCGGAGCAGCGACACUUUAGCUAGUUUGAGAGUAAAGAACACUUCUAGAGCAAAUUAUAUACACCCGAGUAGCAUUACCCAAGGCACAAGGAGCAUCUUUUUGAUGGUAGAGGAGAUAGGGAUGGAGUGGUUGGAGAUGGGACAUUGGUUUCAAAACCGAUCCGACUAUUCGAUGCCCCGCUCAAAUAGGAAACAGCAGUGAACCACCGGCAGUCAUGAAUGAGCCAUGAAUGAAAGGUGAAGAUAAUUCAGGGGAGGGCUUGGGGGUUUUUAUUCGAAUCACUGAGGAGUGUUUGUUAGCGAGCGACACCCUUUUCUGCAACAGCUCCGCCGCCCACAUUUGUUCGAUUUGUGGCACGCCAUCGAUAUCGGUGCUGGACCGGAGCUGUGUGUAUCUGUGCUGUCGUGUGUGCGUGUUGCUAUGCUGUUGAUUUGGGUAUCUUAAUAUUUGGCAUAAAUCGAAGGGAAUGGCGCUCCGCUCGCUAAAAAAUUAUGUAUCAUUUUUUUUAAAUUUUAUUAUCAUUCUCAAUCUCGAUGUUGGAGCUCUUGAAACCAAUCCCGUGGGCAGUCGGAGUAUAGUACGAUAAGCGCCAAGGACAAAUGACAAGGAAUACACAUUCUGUUAACCCUUUCCCCAUCAAUGUACAUGAUUGGCAUGUGUGAAUGUGUGUAUGUGCGUUUGUGCGUGUAUUGCGGAGGAGCAGAGGAGCUGUACCUUCGUUUUCCCCCUUAUCAUGCCGGACGAUUGCUCCCAUUAGCAAAUCUUGUGGUGAGGUCUUGCCAAAGCCAGUAUGGUGCGGAUGUACUAAAGAUAUAAAGCGCUAGAAAGAAAGAGCUGAGAGGAUAGAUAGGUAGGACAGCCGCUGCACACGAAGGAUAGAGCUAGCGACAAACCACGAAACAGCAUUAUCAUCAGCAGCAACACUACGCACUCGUUCGUUACCACAUACACACCGGCUAAACCGGUGCAUGAGGACAGGGGUGUGAGAGCAGCGUGAAAAAGGGGCACUGGUUUACGUAAUACGAGCUAAAAUAAGUGGAAACAAGCAAACAAGCAGCGGCAACGAAGUUACAGAAGGCCCACUAUGGUUAUAUAUAUAUACUGGCAAUUGAGUGAGACAAAAAAACUGCAACAAAGUUUAAA